UCAGAGCUAUUGAAGAGAGCUUGUUCAUAAACCCUAACAAAAACUUAGUUGUGUUGGGAAGUUGAAAAACCUGAGAGACUCUGAGAGUGAGAUAGAUAGGAUCAAGUAUGGACAAGAGCAUGCUAGCAGAUCUGGACACUCUUCCUGAGGAAGAUAAGAUCAGAAUGUCCACAAUGAUCGACCAGCUCCAGAUCCGUGACAGCUUGAGGAUGUACAAUUCACUUGUGGAGAGAUGCUUUAAUGACUGCGUGGACACCUUUAAGCACAAAUCCUUGCAAAAGCAAGAGGAAACCUGUGUGCGUCGAUGUGCUGAGAAGUUUCUAAAACAUUCAAUGCGUGUUGGCCUGAGGUUUGCAGAACUCAACCAAGGAGCAGCCACACAAGAUUGAAGAUUUUCACAAUCAAGGGUGGAAACCCAGGAUUUUUUUUUUCUUUAAUCGAUUUGCUGUGUCUUUCAAGUUUCUGAUUAGCUGUGCCUUGUUCCUAUAUUUGCAUAUCUGCGAUUUCAAGUUUCUGUAGAGGAGACUGCAGUGCUUGUUCUUCCAAUGGAAUGCUACAGGGAAUCCAUGAUUGCUGUCUGCAGGAGAACCUGUUAUUAAUUGAAUGUAUUUGUUCUAUGGUGUUGUGUACUAGUUUUUUCAAACAGUACCAUUAACAAAUGCACGCCAAGGGCUGUAGCCUACUUUUUUUUGUUUUUUAAUGUAUCAAGAUUCACAUGAUAAUCAUCCUCCAUCUCUAUUGUUGUGAUGAAAUAAGUAUGGCUAGUAAGAAAUAAGUAUGAGCUGUUGUGUUAACUAA